AUGACCUUUGUUGACAAUAAUGAAGUUGUUGUCGACAAAGUUAAUCGCCAAUUCGAUGAUAUUGAAGUUGAAUAUGAAGAUGAUGUAGUCAUUAAAGUGGAAGAUAUGAACGAUGAUAUUGACGUUGAAUAUGAAGAUGAUGAAGUGCUACCUGAUUUAACGGAAGAGCGUGAAGUUAUUAAUGAUGAAGAUUUUUCUGAAGGAGUUGAUGACGAAGAUAAAAUUGUUAGCACUGAUGAAGACUUUGCGGUUGGAAUGGUUGAUGAAAAUGUCGUACUAAAUACCGAAGAAGAAGAAAUCACAAUGGAAGACGUUAGUAACGUAGUAGAAGCUAUAGAGGUUAGCGAACUCUUUUGCGCAGAAGAUACUACAGAUGUUAACGACGGAAACAAAGUUGUGGUAGCCUGUGUCGAUGAUUUAGUAGAUACUGAUGUAGGUAUUGAUGUAGACGAUGAUGCAAUAACUUGUUUAGCAGUUCCGAAGCUAUCAAGACUCCCACCAUGA